AGAGCACACCGACGGGGGCAUCUGCUGUCUUUUCACGCUGCCGCUGCUGCUUUCAGGUGGCCGUCACGGAGCAAAGUGCAAGGCGGCGCAAAACAGCGAAUCGCACUGCUCGGUCCGUUAGACAGACUUCGUUACUCGUGUUUCAACCUUCUCUCUUCUCUGUUGAGCAUCAUCAUGUUGCGUCUUAGUCAAAUAUGCUUUCCAAAAGUCGGGUGCGAGGAGAUCACACGCAAGGCGCGUCGGGUCGUGCUAAAGCCGCAGGAGGCCUUCGCACAGCAGCGCAUGCAGGUCUGGCAGAUGCGCUUUAAGGAAAUGGGGCCGCCGUUUUCGCGUGUGUGGGUGGCCCUCGGCGGCAAGAUGCGCCGUCGCCGCAUUGGACGUCAGAUCGACGUGAAGGACCUGCGCUACUACUGGCGCCCCAUCGAGCCGCAGUAUCAGCGACUUUACAUGUCUCGUCUGCGUUCGAAGGACCGCUCGAACCCGCGCGUGCAGCCGCUGCGCCUGCGUGCGACCAACACGAACAUCGGCACGGCGUCGUCUUCGCUUGAGUGGGAGCGGGCGAGCAACCGCAAGUACGGUGCGAAUAUGGCUCCGCCCAAAAAGCGCGACUUUGAAUUUCGCGUGUUCUAA